ACCAUCUCAUUCUUAGUCUAGGCAUUCAUUGUGAUAAUCAAGUGCAGAUUUAGGAAUACUAAAACAGUUCUAUCGAUUCAGUUGUGUUCCAAGAGUACCUACCUAACUUAUGUGUUGGCGUUUUGACGUUUUUGUUCCAAUCGUGAUAGAUUUUUCAAAAAAUGUUGUCUUUCUUUAAGGCUUUUACCUUGCUAAUAUUUCUGGUCACGGUAGAAGCUCGUACUAGGCGAAGUAUCGACCUCAUAGCAGCACACAGCCUCGUCGCCGACUCCAGACUUCCGCGCGAAAUCAGCCCGAACAGCUACAACCUCGAAAUCGCGCCUCAGCUCAACGAAGGUACUUUCAAUGGUAGAAUACGCAUCAACGUUACCUGGCAAGAACCCACAGACAAGAUUACGCUCCAUGCAUACGAAAAUCUGGACAUAUUUAAAAUCAUCGUCACACAGUUUGUGCCAGAUGAUGAAACCGAAAAGGCGUCACCGAAAUCUUUACUGCCAACUCAAAUCAGAGUCUUGAAAACCCAAAGAGACCCGAAGACCCCUUUGUACGUCAUUCAUUUGGAAAAAGUUGCGAAUAGAGGAACGCAGUGCGAGAUCGAUCUCACGUACAAAGGGCGGAUGUUUAACGAUACCAGCGAAGGGUUGUUCAGAAGUAGCUACGUGGAUCCUCAAACCAAAACCCAGAAAUGGUUUGCGGCAACACAUUUGCGGCCGAAUUUGGCAAGAAAGGUUUUUCCGUGCUUCGACGAACCAGAGUACAAAGUGCCGUUUGUCAUUAACGUGGCGAGGCAUAAGAAUAUGACAGCGCUGUCCAAUAUGCCCGUGGAGGCCACAAAACCCAUGGAAGAAAAACCAGACUGGGUUUGGGAUAGGUUCCAACAAACACCUCCCAUGUCUACGUUUUCGGUGGGCAUAGUGAUUUCGGAGUUCGAUUACGAUUCAAGCAACUUUGAUACGGAAUACCAGAAGCCUGGGACGACUCUACAUUCCAAAGUAAGAGUUUGGGCACGACCUGACUUUAUCAGUGCUCUGAAAAACGUGACGACCAAAGUGUUCAGAGCGAUCAAAAUUCUAGAGGAAUUUUGGGGUUGUCCUUAUCCCCUUCCAAAGUUGGAUCUGCUGGCUCUUCCCAACUAUCAAGCGACACGUCCUGCCGAUAACUGGGGAUUACUCCUCUUCAAGGAGAGCGAGCUCAGCGGUCGCGGUUCUUGGCAUAUUUCCCAAGAAUUAGCGUACCAGUGGCUGGGAGCGUUAGCAACUCCAUUUUGGUGGAGCGAUGCCCACAUUAACAAUGCCUUAGCCAGAUACGUCACUGCAUACACGACAGUUAAGAUGGAAACCAACGAAUCUUUUAAUAACUGGCCCAUGACCAUGUUGUACUCAAUUUACUACGAGUUCAGUAAAAGAUAUCCACAUGGAAAAAGUACUGCUAUUAAACAAGAUUCCACAUCGGCAAAGACCGAGCUCGUUUUCAGAAUGCUCAAUUAUACCCUUGGAGAAAGAACUUUCAAGCAAGGUUUGCAGAAUUUUAUGAAGGACAGGCAAUACAAAACCUUCUUCGCUGAUGAUAUUUGGAAGUCGCUAACUGUACAGGCCAAGAAGGAUCAAGUCUUAAAGGAUGACAUAACGGUAAAUUCAAUUGCAGGCUCAUGGAUCACCAAGGACAGGCUACCCGUUAUUAACGUUACUAGAGAUUAUGACAAGAAAACUGUCACGAUUUCUCAGAGGGUGUAUCUAAGAGAGCGUCCUCAUGAUGUCCCCGACCAAGAAAAAUUUGUCUGGUGGAUACCCAUCAUUCUCAUUCGAGAAGACAAAAUGGAUUUUACCAACUCAACACCAACAGUCUGGAUGCGGAAACAAAGAGAGAUCACUUUGACAGAUUUACCAAGUGACGACAAGUUUAUUAUUAUAAACCCAGAAGAGAUCGGCCCAUUUCCCGUCAACUACGACAUCCAGAACUGGAACAUGUUAGCCCAAUAUCUCUGUACUGAAAAUCGUGUCAAGAUCCCAGUUAAUACAAGAGCCAAACUCUUACAUGACGCUUGGAAUUUAGCUUACGCCGGAGAUUUAAGUUUUGCUACUGCUUUAAAUAUGACGCUGUUUCUCAAACACGAAAGGGAGUAUCUAGCGUGGGAUCCAGUGUUCACUUUAAUUGAUCACAUUGGUAGACACAUCGAUAGUUCAGAUGUUCAUAAGAAAUUCCAGACUUAUGUCCGAUUAUUACUGACCCCUUUGUACGAGGAACUAGGUGAUGAACCGCAAGAUGGAGAAUGCGAGGGCAAGAGCCACUUGAGAAGUUCAUCUAAAGUGUUCUUAUGCCAGGCUGGUUACAAGCCGUGCAUCGAAGAAGCACAAACCGCUUUCAAGAAAUGGAUGGAAAGUGAAAAUCCAGAUGAGGGGAAUCCCGUGUCAAAUCAGUACAUUUGUCCCGUUUUCAAAUGGGGAACUAAUGAAGAAUGGGAGUUCGGAUUACAACGUGUUAUUAAUUUCCCAGUAAAUCGAAAACAGAGCGAACGAACCUAUCUUUUAAAAACUCUAGCUGGAUGUCCGAAUGAAGCUGCGAAGAUUGAAAAACUGUUGAAUAUUACGAUUUUGGAACAGAAUGGUAACUUUACAGACAAUGAUGUUUAUUUGAUUUUCAGUAUGUUGACCGGAAGUGCGAAUGGGUACACAACGCUUUUCAACUUCUUAAAGAAGAACUGGGACACUAUUAAAGUUAGGUUCGAGGGAAAACUUCAUUUAUGGAAUAGCCUGAUAACAUCCGCGACUACGGUCUUCAAAACACAAGAGGGCCUAGAUAUGGUCUCUGAGCUCUACGUCCAACGACAAAGUGAAUUCGGAACAGCUGAUUUCGUAAUCGAAAAAGCCUUAAAGAACAUCAAAGAGGAGACAAAGUGGAGCAACGAUAACCUUCCCGUUAUCGAGCAAUGGCUAGACGAAUAUUUAGAAGUCAACAACGCCACAAAAUAAUCCAUUAUAUAAAGUUAAAUUUGUUUUGAGAUAAAUAUAUUUAUUGCGUAAAAUACAAAAUAAAA